AUGUCUCUAAGUUUUGAUUUUUCAAAUAAAAAAAUUUUGGUCACUGGAGCAAGUCAAGGAAUAGGUAGAGAGCUAGUUGUCGAGCUCACUAAACGAGGUGCAACUGUUUUCGCUUUGGGAAGAAAUGAAAAAGCUCUCGAAGAAUUGAGCAGAUUGUGUGGAGCUGUACCGAUUGUUUGUGAUGUGACUGAUUCAGAAGACGCUAUACGUCGUUGUUUGGAGCCAUAUCAACCAUUCGGUUAUUUGGUAAACAACGCUGGUAUUGCUAUUCUAGAACCAUUUGGAGAGAUUAGUCCUGAAAGCUUUACACGGACUCUGGAUGUCAACGUGAAAGGACCUCUCCUCAUUUCUCAAGUCGUUAGCAACGAAAUGAUCAAACAUAAGAUUCAAGGAGUUAUUGUAAAUGUCUCUUCUCAGGCAUCAGUUAAACCAUUAGACUCUCAUACGUCAUAUUGUGCUAGUAAAGCAGCUCUGGAUAUGUUAACAAUGUGCAUGGCUAGAGAGCUCGGACCCAAAGGCAUAAGAGUUAAUUCCGUUAAUCCAACUGUUGUAAUGACUGAAAUGGGAAGAAAAAACUGGAGUGAUAUGUCCAAAGCGAAGACAUUGUUGGAUCGUAUGCCAGUCCAAAGAUUUGCAGAAGUGGAAGAUGUUGUGAAUUCCAUCAUGUUUUUACUCUCAAGUGGUUCAUCCAUGACAACAGGAUCCAUUCUACCAGUAGAUGGAGGAUACAUCAACCAAUAA